AUGAUUGCUCAGUUAAUGUCCAAGAUGGCGGAAGAAGAGGUCGAUAGACGGCCUCUCUCUUGUCCAGCUGGACCCCUGAGCGACCGUAAACUAAGCGCAGAAAAGCUCCCAAACACAAGACCAUUUUCAAUGGGUGCAAUGGAAGAGGGAGGUGAAGAAGAAAUGUCAGAUGAACUUCUAGAAGAGAUUUUGAUCGAGCGUGCCAAAGACGGAGAUAGUCUUGCAAAAUUUCAACUUGGACAGUUUUACUUUGAGCGGGAAAUCUUCGAUAAAGCUUUAAUUGCUUUUGAAAGAAUCAAGAGCACUGAUUUUCAAGCAAAAUACCAACUUGGAGUAAUGUAUUAUGAUGGCAUUGGAACAAAGCCCAACCCGGUAAGCAUUGAAUUGCUUCGAAACGAAGGUUGACGUAAUAUUUGGUCAGCGUAAUGAUUGUUUACAUGAUUGGAAUGAAACUCAGGAUGUGUAUAAUGCGAUACAAAUUUACUAUCUGAAGUUAAUUUGAGAUAUACCUAGGAUCAUUCUUUUACUUGUUAUUGUCUGGCCGCUGGGAUUUGUUGUUCUUUGUUUAAAGUUUAUCAACUACACACGUCAUGUUAUGUGCGCACAGCCGUGUGUAUAUAGUUAUACACGCCAUAGUGGCCCAUUAGGAAAUAUGUAGAACAUACGCGCCCGCUAUGUUAUAAUCGCAAGUAACAAAGAGCAACUUCUUGUUUCAGGAAUGAAUUUAUAUCACGUUUAACUAGAAAUAUUGGUACAAGCAUAUUUUUUAAAAGUCAAAGAUGGCAUUGUCAUGGUCGACUUAGGCUAAGGCAGAGACAGAAGCACUCUAAAACACGUUAAAAAAAUCAACUUUUUAUUCCAAUAAAACCUUGGCUAGUAUAACUUUUUUGGGUAAACACUCCUUAACAAUUCAAAUUCAAGAAGUUAUUAGCAUGUGACUUCUCCCCAUAAUAUCUUUAUGCUACCCAGCAGACGGGUAAUCAGAAUACUCAAGCUAAUUGGGUAGAAGUUGUAUUGAUCUAACACCAAAUUCUCGUAACUGGUUCAGAAGGAAAUGUGUAGAAAGGAGAAUUAAAAAUCAGAUCUCAGAGGUGAGAGGGUUAUUUCUUGAAACCUUUUAAUCUAUUCUUUUUUUUUCCAUGCAUUGACCAGGAAAAAGGAUUUAAUUUCCUUAAAGAAAUUGCACAGUCCACCAGUCCUGAGGCAGCUCACCUCAUACCCUUUGCCCAGUAUAAUGUGGGCAGAGCUUAUUAUGAAGGGUUUGGCAUCAAACAGUCUGAUCUGGAAGCAGAGAGAUGGUUUCUUGAAGCAGCAAGAGAUGGUGAACCUACAGGCAGCAUAAAGGCUCAAACAGUAUUGGGUUUGUUCUACUCCAGACCUGGUGAAGACUCUUUUGACUUACAGAAGGUUUGUUAGUAAUUGCUAAUGCAUCUCAACACUAGACAGCAUUGUCCUCUUCCAGACUGUGCCAGGGGUUCAACAGGACCCAAUAUUAAAUGGUACAUAUUUUAGUAUUAGUCCAUAUCACUCAAGUUUAUAGUCCUUUUUUUGCGCAUGCUAAUUGGUUAAUUUGGAGGUGAAUAGGGAGUGAUAUUCACCUCACAGCAGCUGAAGAGGUAAAAUCAGGCAUCAAGAUUUUAAUUUCUGUCUAUUGUUUGAUAUAGUGAGGGAAAUACAUUGAUUUUUUUGUAUCUGUGUGGUAUACACUAAAAAAUAUAUUAACCUUGUUGGUGAAAGUGGUUUAUAUUACCUCCACUGUGGUGAAUAACUGUGAAAUAAAGCAGAGUGAGAAAAAGAAAGAUGGAGGUUCUGGGCACCGGUCACUUGAUGAAUAUGAGCAGAUCCAAACAUCACUCUUUUUUCAUCCUCCUACAAUUUUUGAGCGGUUUACUAUCAUGCUUUGUUUUACUAACUGAGCCCCUGGAAGAGGCAAUAGCCACUGCUUAUAGUCUUAUUUUUUAAUAGGUCAUUUACUCCAGGGGGAAUCCUAGGUUAAUCAGAACAUCUAUCCCUACCUUUUUUUUUAUUGAAACUUUUUUAUCUGUAACACAUCAGAGUAAACUAUAAAAUAAUGUUCAUUUGUUCUCAUCAUGUUUUUCUUCAGGCUUACUUUUGGCAUCAGGAAGCCACAGGUAAUGGGAGCUUGGAGUCACAAGGUACAAUAUUUAAUUAAAAUGUUCCAUGUUUUUGCAAAAUUACAAGAAUUCAGAGUAUUUUGUGUGCAUGUGUGUCAUUUAACACCACUUUUCUGAUACCAUCAGGUGCAUUAGGUGUGAUGUAUGAAUAUGGUAUUGGUGUGCGGCGAGACGGAGAAGCAGCCUUCAAGUGUCUCAAGGAGGCAGCAGCCAGAGGCAAUGUCUACGCCCAAGGAAACUUGGCUGUUCAUUAUUACAGGAGAAAACUGUUAAACAAGGCUGCAGAUGUAGCAAAAAGGUGUCAUAUACACAUCAUUGUUAUUUUAUGUUAAGAUAGUCUUUGCUAUAAACAACUGUAGUUUUGUAUGAGGGUGUCAUUGGGGUGAACCGUUAUCCUUAGGAAGGCCAGAACAUUUAGUCAUUAGUGGUAAAAAUUGAUCAAUUUUAACCGUUAGUCCUUAAAAGCUAGCCGUAAAAUAUUUUCCUUUUUUAGACACAAAGGAAAGAAGUUGACCUUAAACCUUUAAACCUUAAAAUUAUUUUGUUAUUGUAGUGGUAAGAGUGAAUCCAAGAAAAACAGAAUUUCUCUGAAGGGUGGGAAACUGAGUGUUAUCCUCAAGUGAACAUUAGCUCACUUUUUCUAUUUCUAUUUGUUUGUUUGUUUGUUUUUGCUCACAAACCCCCAUCAUGCAGUGUUGGAGAGCAAGAGGACAUCGAAGGUCUUGCUCUUGAGACAGAUUGUCUACCUCGCUAUGUAGCUAAAGGAAUCGCUUUGGGAUGUUUUGUUUUUGCGCGUUGUUUGCAUCAUGGGUUAGGAGUGGAGAAAAAUAGAGAGCAAGCAAAGAGAUGGUAUAGCAGGGUAAGUCUGAUGGAGCGUUUUUCGAUUAAGUGUCGUUAAGCCAAUCAGAAGAAAGGAAAGUACCAUUAAGGGCCAAUGAAAACUCAGUAAAUCUAACGAAACUGCCUGAAGCGCGGGAAAACGCGGGCGACUGAGUCGUGAUUGGUUUUAGUUUUGAAUCUGAUUGGUUGAGAAAGUGGUGCGAAUUUUCUGGACCAAUUAUAAAGCAAAGUAAAGCUAAAAUGAAGCAAUCCCAGAGUACUUUCGUCACUGAAUUGAAAAUGGUUUUAGAGCAAUUUACAACUGAGCGACGGGAUUAAUUGCGUUGUUUUUUUCUUUAUUUUGCUAUGAGAUUAAUCUUAAAAAAAACUCACAUCAACCUCUCAAUUGAAGGCUAUGACAAAUCCAACAUUUGUUGGCAUUUCUCGAACUUCAGGCAGUUUGCUCGUUUUCUUGUUGAAUUUUCGUUAGCUUUUUUUCACGUUUUCCGUUCUUCUUAAUCGCCGUUACGUUGAUGAGCAGCAAUCCAAAUUCGCUUUAGCUAAAAAAAGAAAAGACAUACAUGUGGUUUUCCCUCAGUAUCUGGAAACACGAAAUGUUUAACCAAAGAGUAGUCUGGAAAAGUAAGUUUUACAGUUAACUCCCUGUAUUAGAAAAGCGCCCAAUAUUUUACCGAAGACCAAGCUACACUGUAUCGAGUUGUUUUAUUAUUGAGUAGAUGUCCCCGCUUGAUAACGUUCUUUAUCGUCAUCGCCAGUCAAAAUGAAAUGUUUUUCACUUUAAACAUAAAACAUAGGCGUGUCUUAUCCUUCCCAAAAACAAAUUCUUGUGCAGGAUAAAGGUAUCUAUGGCAAUUUAUCUGGUCGUCCACCAUGUCUCAUCUGCUGAACUGUAAAGCAUCACUUUUGGGAAAACACUAUUUAAACCAAAAAUAAACUAAGGUAUUUCUGUUUGUUCUCUCAUCUGACAGGCCAGUGCCUUUGAUCUCGAGGUCGUGGCCAGACUGCAAGACGAAAUGACCUAUGGUUACAUAUGACGUUUCCUCAUCAAAACGUACAGACGUGUUGCAAUGGCUUACAAAAUGUUAUCCUCAGUGGUUUAAAACAACCAGUUCUCUGUCUCACAGAAAACAUUCCUUGUGUCGAGCUUUUGUAAUCAUCUACUAAGAAUGGAAUAUCAUGUCUCUAAAUGUACAAACAAAUUCAUGACUGAACUGAACUUGAUUUUGCGUCUCUGGCUGUAGAUUUGCAUUUCUAUCUUUAAAGUGUGUUUCAUAUCAAUCAUGUAAAUUUAAUAUAUUCCUGCUUACUCAUUGAAGCUAAGCGAGCAGUUUUGAUUCACCGUUUCUUUUAAAUCUCUUGUUAAUGAUAUUAAUUUAUACCAACGAUGCCUCUGUAUAUAGCUGGCUGUAAAGAAAUGUGAAACGCAUGUACUAUAAUAUUUAUAUUAGCUUGCCUCUCUUGGGUAAUUAAAAUCAAAUAAUCUGAAGUUUGAUUGUCUUUGCAAAGUUUUCUUUUGAUUUGAGGCU